CAGCGCGAAGAGCUCCACCUGGACAACGACGGCGCGAGGCAGCUGCGCGCGGAGGACGGCUGGCGGUCGCCCUGCAACUCGCGCCCCGGCUCCGGCUCCGGCUCCGGCUCCGGCGCGCACUCGCCCGCGCCCACCGCGCAGCGCCGCUGGGUCGACGUCAUCACAGUGCCCUUGAUGAUGGCCUAUGUUACCCGUUACAUCUUCGGAACUGAUAAGCUGAGACCAAACUCAUUUGAAGUGCGAGGCCUGAAUGGAGUAAGCACAGGCAUUAUUCAUUGUGACGAUGCUGCUAUUCUCUCCCAGUGGCUCAAGUACAUUACUGACAAUAUUGUAGGAUUAACAAAUCUUCAGAUGAAGCUGUACAACAGAAAUUUCACGGCGGCAGAGCGAAUUGAGUACAUGGGCUGGCUGAAUAUUAUGGACUGGUUAAAGUGUAGUCUUGUUUUCAAAGUCUACCAGACUAUGUUCCGUGUAAUUAAAGAUUCAGAAAAUGUUGAUGAGCGACAACAUUGCUUUUUGAUACAAACCUCUGGUCAUGAGUCAAGAUACCUCUCAGUUGAAACUCGUCAAGAAUUACUUAGGAUAGAAAAUGCAUGGCACUGUUCUGUUUGUGCUGCUGUCAUGAAAUUGGGGAGUAAAACGUUUACUGUCACCACCUCCAAUGGGAAAACAGCUGGGCUGACAUUAGAUUGGAACAUGGGAUUUGCUCUUUAUGAUACUGAAGGAAAGGCUUAUUCAUGGAAAUACAAAUUCUCACAACUGAAAGGAUCAUCUGAUGAUGGAAAAUGCAAACUUAAGCUUCACUUCCAAGACAAUGAAACAAGAAUGAUUGAGACAAAGGAACUGGAAACUGCAAACCUGCAAAGUCUACUCUUCUGUAUGCAUGCUUUUUUGACAGCAAAAGUAGCAUCAGUGGAUCCUGCAUUUCUUAGCUCAAAAACACCAUAAAACAAGGAGAGUAUAAGAAGAAGCAAAUAAGACUCCUGUGUACUGACAUAAUCUCAGGAGGAAUUGUGCGGUUGAAUUUACUGCUCACUGAGAAAAAGCCAAGCCUGUGCUUCAUUACCGUCUACCAUACAGUAUUACAACAUGCACUGAUUAUUAGCACAAUAAGCUUGAAAACAUCACUUGUAAGUUCUGCAGAUAACAUAUACAGAAACAACAACUAACAGGUUACUUAUUCUUUUAGUUUAAAAACUAUGUAUGCUCAAAUAAACAUGCAGUACUGUUUCAACAUUCAUGAACUAUUGAUUUUAUAUCAGUUGAAUAGAUUUUAAAAGUAACUUUUACUGCUCACACUUUCUUUGCCUCAGAAAGUGCAAGUAAUUGAUGCAGUAGACCCUACACAAAUUCUUGAAGGAAUAAGACUGUGAACUCUGAGUAGAAAAUAAAUUAUAUGUAAGUACACUCCAUAAAGAAAAUCAAAUAGCUACAGAAAAUAUAUACAUUACUGUAUAAAUGUGUACAUUUUGAAUUAAAAGAGAGUUUGUUGAAGAAUUGGCAAAAUUGCUUUAAAAUGUAAUUACUUAAAACAUAACUAAAAAAAUGAAAUUUUAAGCUGUUAUAACUGCUAAUUGUUUUUAAUCUAUGUUCUGAAGGAGACAUACAUAAGAACAUAUCCACAUUUUUUCUGUCCAUAUCUAAAAAAUAUUCAAAUCGUGCAUGAAAUCAAAAGAUAACUAUAGAAAACAAACAUUUGAAAACUUGAACCUAAUGGACAAAACCACUUGCAACAUGUUACAAACAAGAGGUCACUCAUUUAUCUGUUUGUAACUAGAAACAUUCAUUCAAUUUUGUUUUUGUAUUAAGUAAAUUUACAGCUUUAGAAUGUAAAAAUUGAAAUUUACUUGAGUGCAUAAAGGAUCUUUUUAAUGUAGCAAUACAUAUUCAUUUAAUAGUAUGUACUAUUCAUUCAUUCGUAUUUGAAUUCAGUAUAUGGCAUUAUCUGAAAGUGUCUUUUAAAAUAAUAUUGUAAGCUCAGGGCUGAAUUAAUGCAAAAGCGGUCUUAGCUCCUUUAUUUUUUUAAUAAACUUUUGUAUCAAGGCAUAAAUAUAUAAAAAGUAUGUUAUAAUAACUAAUAAUAAUAAUAA